AUGUUACCUAUACGUUUCCAGGAGCAUUUACAGCUUACAAAUGUGGGCAUCAACCCAGCCUCCAUUUCAUUCAACACCCUUACAAUGGAGUCGGACAAGUUCAUUUGUGUCCGUGAGAAGGUUGGAGAGACUGCUGAGGUGGUGAUAAUCGACAUGGCGGAUCCCACCACACCCAUCCGCAGACCUAUAAGCGCUGACUCUGCAAUCAUGAAUCCUGCAAGCAAGGUUAUUGCUCUGAAAGGGAAAGCUGGUGUUGAAGCCCAAAAGACUCUUCAGAUCUUCAACAUUGAAAUGAAGUCAAAAAUGAAGGCGCACACCAUGACUGAAGACGUCGUGUUUUGGAAGUGGAUCUCACUGAACACCCUGGCCCUGGUCACCAAGAUGUCGGUGUACCACUGGUCGAUGGAAGGGGACUCCACGCCGGUGAAGAUGUUCGACAGGCACGCGUCGCUCGCCGACUGUCAGAUCAUCAACUACAGAACCGACCCGAAACAGCAGUGGCUGUUGCUUGUCGGUAUAUCCGCACAGCAGAACCGCGUCGUAGGCGCAAUGCAGUUGUACUCUGUUGAGCGUAAGUGCUCUCAGCCGAUAGAGGGCCACGCGGCCUCCUUUGCCACGUUCAAAGCGGAAGGCAACGCGGAACCGUCCACACUGUUCUGUUUCGCAGUACGGACAGCACAGGGUGGCAAGCUGCAUAUCAUUGAGGUCGGCCAAACCCCAGCUGGCAACCAACCUUUCCCCAAGAAAGCGGUAGACGUGUUCUUCCCAGCCGAAGCACAAAACGACUUCCCUGUAGCGAUGCAAGUGUCACCCAAGUAUGACGUCAUCUACCUCAUCACCAAAUACGGCUACAUACACAUGUAUGACAUUGAGACUGGCACAUGUAUAUACAUGAACCGCAUUUCUUCAGAUACUAUCUUCGUGACGGCCCCCCAUGAAACCACCGGCGGUAUUAUUGGCGUGAACCGCAAAGGCCAGGUUUUGUCAGUGACAGUAGAGGAGGACUCCAUAGUGCCGUACAUCAACACUGUGCUUCAGAAUCCGGAGUUAGCGCUAAGAUUGGCGGUGCGCAACAACCUAGCCGGCGCCGAAGAACUGUUCGUACGCAAGUUCAACAUGCUCUUCACUAAUGGCCAGUACGGGGAAGCGGCUAAGGUGGCAGCGAUGGCCCCGCGCGGAAUCCUGCGCACCCCGCAGACGAUCCAACGGUUCCAGCAGGUGCCCACGCAGCCGGGACAGACGUCGCCGCUGCUGCAGUACUUCGGUAUCCUGCUGGACCAGGCGCAGCUCAACAAGGUGGAGUCGCUGGAGCUGUGCCGACCCGUGCUGCUGCAAGGCCGCAAACAACUAUUGGAGAAAUGGCUUAAAGAGGAAAAGUUGGAGUGUUCAGAAGAGCUCGGCGACUUGGUGAAACAAGUGGACCCGACACUCGCCCUAUCGGUGUAUUUACGCGCGAAUGUUGCGAGUAAAGUCAUACAGUGCUUCGCGGAAACUGGGCAGUUCCAGAAGAUCGUACUUUACGCCAAAAAGGUCGGAUACACUCCAGACUACAUAUUCCUGCUGCGUUCCGUGAUGCGUACUAAUCCCGAACAAGGCGCCGGUUUCGCUGGCAUGUUGGUAGCUGAAGAACCACCUUUAGCAGACAUAAACCAGAUUGUGGACGUCUUCAUGGAACAGAAUAUGGUACAGCAAUGUACUGCUUUCCUAUUGGACGCACUGAAGAACAAUAGGCCGGAGGAGGGGCCAUUACAAACUAGGUUGUUGGAAAUGAACCUGAUGUCCGCGCCUCAAGUUGCAGACGCCAUACUCGGCAACGCAAUGUUCACGCACUACGACCGCGCUCACGUUGCGCAGCUUUGCGAGAAGGCGGGACUGUUGCAGAGGGCUCUGGAACACUACACUGACUUGUAUGACAUCAAGCGAGCAGUGGUACACACUCACUUACUAUCCGCCGACUGGCUAGUCUCAUACUUCGGCAGUCUCUCCGUGGAAGACUCCUUGGAAUGCCUCAAGGCGAUGCUCCAGGCGAAUAUGCGACAGAAUCUGCAGAUCUGCGUACAAAUCGCUACCAAAUACCACGAACAGUUGACAACCAAAGCCCUCAUCGAGUUGUUCGAGAGCUUCAAGACUUACGAGGGACUGUUCUACUUCCUUGGCUCUAUCGUCAACUUUAGCCAAGAUCCGGAAGUACAUUUCAAGUAUAUCCAGGCGGCUUGCAAGACCGGUCAAAUCAAGGAAGUGGAACGCAUAUGCCGCGAGUCUAACUGCUACAACGCCGAGCGCGUGAAGAACUUCCUCAAGGAGGCCAAAUUGCCUGACCAAUUGCCACUGAUUAUAGUGUGCGAUCGAUUCGACUUCGUGCACGAUCUGGUGUUGUAUUUGUACAGAAACAGCCUGCAGAAAUACAUCGAGAUUUACGUGCAGAAGGUGAAUCCAUCGCGCCUCCCAGUAGUAGUGGGUGGUCUCUUAGACGUGGACUGUGCAGAAGAUAUCAUCAAGAAUCUAAUUCUAGUGGUGCGCGGACAGUUCUCUACUGAUGAAUUAGUCGCUGAAGUUGAGAAGAGAAACAGGUUGAAGCUUCUAUUGCCGUGGUUAGAGACUCGAGUACACGAGGGUUGUAACGAACCCGCUACACACAACGCCUUGGCCAAGAUCUACAUAGACUCGAAUAAUAACCCGGAGAGAUUCCUGAAGGAGAAUCAAUGGUACGAUUCACGCGUUGUAGGCCGAUACUGCGAGAAGCGCGAUCCUCACCUAGCUUGCGUCGCUUACGAGCGCGGGCAAUGCGAUCGCGAACUGAUAGCUGUCUGCAAUGACAACUCGCUGUUCAAGACUCAGGCGCGAUACCUGGUCCGGAGACGCGACCAGGAACUGUGGCUAGAAGUCCUCGCCGAGUCCAACCCAUUCAAGAGGCAGCUCAUCGACCAGGUGGUUCAAACGGCUCUCUCCGAGACUCAAGACCCCGAAGACAUCUCCGUGACAGUGAAGGCCUUCAUGACAGCCGACUUACCCAACGAACUCAUCGAGCUGUUGGAGAAGAUCGUCCUCGACAACUCUGUGUUCUCAGACCACAGGAACUUACAGAAUCUACUCAUACUUACAGCAAUAAAGGCCGAUCGGUCUCGCGUGAUGGAGUAUAUUAAUCGAUUGGACAACUACGACGCGCCCGAUAUCGCCAAUAUUGCCAUCAACAACGAAUUAUACGAGGAGGCGUUUGCUAUAUUCAAGAAGUUUGACGUCAACACUUCUGCCAUACAGGUGUUGAUUGAGCAAGUGAAGGACUUGGAAAGGGCUUACGAAUUCGCCGAGCGAUGCAACGAGCCCGGAGUAUGGUCCCAAUUGGCAAAGGCCCAGCUUCAGCAAGGUCUCGUGAAGGAAGCCAUAGAUUCUUAUAUCAAGGCUGAUGAUCCUUCCGCGUAUAUGGAUGUAGUUAGCACGGCGACUCAAGAACAAUCGUGGGAAGACUUAGUGCGGUACUUACAGAUGGCCCGCAAGAAGGCGCGCGAAUCCUACAUAGAAUCGGAGUUGAUAUAUGCUUACGCCCGUACCGGCCGUUUGGCCGACUUGGAAGAAUUUAUAUCGGGACCCAACCACGCCGAUAUACAGAAGAUAGGCGACCGAUGCUUCGACGAUAAGAUGUACAAUGCUGCUAAAUUGCUGUACAAUAACGUCAGCAAUUUUGCCCGAUUGGCCAUCACAUUGGUGCAUCUCAAGGAGUUCCAGGGUGCCGUCGAUAGCGCACGUAAAGCGAAUUCCACUCGCACGUGGAAGGAGGUUUGCUUCGCGUGCGUGGACGCGGGCGAAUUUAGACUCGCUCAAAUGUGCGGCCUACAUAUCGUAGUACAUGCCGACGAAUUGGAGGACCUCAUCAACUAUUACCAGGACCGAGGACAUUUCGACGAGUUGAUCAGCCUUCUAGAAGCGGCUUUGGGCCUGGAGAGAGCCCACAUGGGAAUGUUCACGGAGCUCGCCAUACUCUACUCCAAGUAUAAGCCUGCCAAGAUGCGAGAACAUUUAGAACUGUUCUGGUCCAGAGUCAACAUACCCAAGGUGUUACGUGCGGCCGAACAAGCUCAUCUCUGGUCGGAACUAGUAUUCCUAUACGACAAAUAUGAAGAGUACGACAACGCGGCACUUACCAUGAUGCAGCAUCCCACAGAGGCCUGGCGUGAAGGACACUUCAAGGAUAUUAUCACCAAGGUGGCCAACAUGGAAUUAUACUACAAAGCGAUCCAGUUCUACUUGGACUACAAACCUCUACUACUUAACGACUUGCUAUUAGUACUGGCGCCGCGUAUGGACCACACUCGCGCCGUCACUUUCUUUACCAAAGCUGGACAUCUUCAGUUGGUCAAAGCUUAUCUGAGAUCUGUGCAGAGUCUCAACAAUAAGGCAGUGAACGAAGCACUCAACUCGCUACUCAUUGACGAGGAGGAUUAUCAGGGUCUGCGAACGUCCAUAGAUGCGUUUGACAACUUCGACACAAUUGCGCUGGCGCAACAGUUAGAGAAGCACGAACUCACCGAAUUCAGAAGGAUUGCCGCCUACCUCUAUAAAGGCAACAACAGAUGGAAGCAAAGCGUGGAGUUAUGCAAAAAGGACGCCUUAUACGCGGACGCUAUGGAAUACGCGGCCGAGUCCAGACAGGCAGACGUGGCCGAGGAAUUGCUCACCUGGUUCCUGGAGCGGGACAACUACGAGUGCUUCAGUGCGUGCCUAUACCAGUGUUACGACCUCCUGAAACCCGACGUUGUCAUCGAACUCGCGUGGAGACAUAACAUCAUGGACUUUGCUAUGCCUUUCCUUAUUCAGACUGUUCGAGAGUUGACGACAAAAGUAGAAAAAUUGGAAGAGGCUGACGCGAAACGGAGCACCGAGAGCGCGGAACACGAGGCCAAACCUGCCAUGAUUAUGGAACCACAACUUAUGCUUACCGCAGGUCCAUCGAUGGCGUAUCCCGGAGUGCCGGCCCAAGCAUCGCCUUACGCCUACGCGGCGCAGGCCCCUUCGCCCGCCCCGUACCACGGGUACGGCAUGUAG